CGUCACUUUACAUGCAGAUUGCCGACUAAUAAGCAGACAGACCAGUCAUCAGACCAGUCCCAGUUCUUCCCGGCUGCCUCGACCGAUCGCUGACAUUCCGUCUGUUUUUCCAGCUUAUUGUCACGGUUAAUUGUUUGUAAAUCGCCACAAUGUCCUCCACUACCGAACGCACCUUCAUUGCCGUGAAGCCAGACGGUGUUCACCGCGGUCUCGUCGGGGAAAUCAUCAAGCGCUUCGAGCAACGUGGUUACAAGCUCCUCGCGCUGAAGAUGGUUCAGGCGGAGAAGAAGCUGCUGGAGGAGCACUACAAGGAUUUGGCGCAGAAGCCCUUUUACGCCGGACUGGUCAAGUAUAUGGGAUCGGGCCCGGUGGUGGCCAUGGUGUGGGAGGGACUGCAAGCGGUCUCCACCGGGCGCAAAAUGCUCGGCGCCACCAAUCCGCUCGACAGCGCUCCCGGCACCAUCCGCGGCGACUUCUGCAUCCAGACCGGCCGCAACAUCUGCCACGGCAGUGACUCGGUGGAAAGCGCUGAACGGGAGAUCGGCUUGUGGUUCACCAAGGAGGAGAUCGUCCAGUGGGAUCAUCACAGCAAGGCUUGGAUCUACGAAUAAUUGCCGCGCAUGCCCUGACGUUCCGGUAAUUAGUCUACUCUUUCCGAUGCUGUCGUACUGGGAUAACUCCACACGCCUUUAAGUCUAAUAUAAUUUCGCCCGUUAGGUUUUAAUGGUGCCAGUAUGGCGAGUUUUCUGUUCUGUUUUACUGGUGUUAACCGGGUAGUUUCUGAAUGCGCUGCUAAUUAUUUCAGCUUAGCCGUUCGUUUUCAUCUUCGCUGUCCGUUUAUCCUGUUUCGGUGUGAAAAGCACCGUAGUUGGAGAGUGCACUCGUUUGGAAUGCUUGAAAAGGAGAUAAAAUUCGAAAUUAUUGA